GCGGGACCCGGCGCGGCUCCGCCCGGCGCAGCGUGGCCAUGGCGGCGGUGGCGGCUCGCGGGGCCCUGGCGGGGAUCCUGCGGCGCUGGGCCCCCCGCGCUCUCCCGCUSUGCGGCCCCUCCGCYCGGUGYKUCGGGCACGGAGCGGCCCCGGCYCCGCUCCGGACCCCGCGGCUGCUCGGCGACACCCGGACCCGGGCAGGGACCCCCUCGCUGCUCAGCAGUGUCACGCCUCUACUUCCAAGUUUACUCCAGCAGCCAGCAAGGAGCCUCACCUACUGCAGCUUACGGAAAGGAAAGAGGAAAAGUGUGAAAUCUGUGGUCAAAAGGUUCCUCCGGCUGCACAAUGGCCUCUGGGUUAGGAGAAAGGCUGGUUAUAAGAAGAAACUCUGGAAGAAGUCAGCUGCCCGGAAGAAGCGUUUGAGGGAGUUUGUGUUGUGCACGAGGACACAGUGUAAGCUCCUGGAUAAAAUGACCACUUCCUUCUGGAAAAGGAGGAACUGGUAUGUUGAUGACCCGUUCCAGAAGUACCACGACCGCACAAAUCUUCGCGUGUAGAAAUCUUGGUUUUGCACAUCUCUAGGACAGGGGGAGUGGUCAUGUGGCACGGUCUGAAUUUUGGAAUGUAAAUCUGUAAUGCCUGUWCUUUUUCUAAAUAAACACAUGCAUAUCAUGAGCAGAAUUAUGGGAAUCCAUGCCCAAAAUAAAGGAAUACUCGAGAUUA